AUGGCUUCUACUGUUCCUGAAAUUCCUCAUGUUAAAUUAGGUGAUUCUGGUUUAUCCGUUUCAAAUGUUAUUUGCGGGUGUAUGUCGUUUGGAGACAAAGCUUGGGCUGAUUGGGUUGUUGAAGAAGAGGAAACCAUGGAAAUCUUGAAGAAAUGUUAUGAUGUUGGAAUUAGAACUUUUGAUACUGCUGAUGUAUACUCUAAUGGUAAGUCUGAAAUCUUAUUAGGUAAAUUCCUUAAGAAAUAUAAUAUCAAGAGAGAUAGAGUGGUUAUCUUAACUAAAUUAUUCAACCCUGUUAGUGAUACUACUGAAUCAUUUGGAACUUCAGAUUCAAGUGCACCAACUUAUGAAAUGCUUAAUUCUCAAGGAUUAUCCAGAAAACAUAUUUUUGAUGCAACUCAAGAAUCAGUAAAAAGAUUAGGUACUUAUAUUGAUGUUUUACAAAUUCAUUCCUUUGACCAAACAACCCCCAAACAUGAAAUCAUGAAAGCUUUAAAUGAUGUGGUUUUAGAAGGUCAUGCUCGUUAUAUUGGUGCUUCGAAUUUAAGAGCAACUGAAUUUGCCGAAUUACAAUUCAUCGCUGACAAGAAUGGUUGGUUUAAAUUCAUCAGUGCUCAAAAUUAUUAUAAUUUAUUAUAUCGUGAAGAUGAAAGAGAAAUGAUCCCAUUUGCUGAACGUAACAGUCUUGGAAAAGUAGGUUUAAUUCCUUGGUCUCCUAUCGCUAUGGGAAAUUUGGCUCGUCCUUAUGAUCCAAAUGCAAAAUUUAGAAGAAUCCAUCCUAUUGUUGAUAUUCUUCAAUAUAAUGAUUUUCCCAAGAGUGAUAUUGAAAUCAUUAAUAGAGUAGAAGGAGUUGCUAAGAAAUAUGAUACUUCAAUGAUUAUUGUUGCUACUGCCUGGCUUAUUUCAAAAGGUGCUUGUCCUAUCGUAGGUCUUAAUUCGGUUGAAAGAGUGGAAGAAAUUGUUAAAGCAACUCAUUUUAAAUUAACUGAAGAGGAAAUCAAGUAUUUAGAACAACCUUAUGAACCUAAAUAUUAUCAGUUCUUUAGUUAG